CCUCCCUCCCUCACUCUUUCUCUCUCACUCUCUACAGAUAUCUGUCUCAGUUGUUUUUCUUGUCAGCAGUCAGUCAGUCAGUCACUAUAAAAGCAACUCAGAGAGGAAACUCAGAGAGAGAUUUCUGAGGAGAUCUACAGCUGGUUUGCAGGUAUCUGUGUGGACUCUGACUGUCUUAGAUUUACAACCUGGGCCUGGAAGCAGCACACACAGCGAGGCAGGUUGAAGGGACGAUGUCCUCUGAGUCCCAUGGCCUGUCUUUAAGCAGCAGCAGCAGCUCACCAAUUCCUUCACCUUGUGAACUACAAUCCUUUGACCCUCUUGGGUCGCCCUGCUUUCAGAUGCCAGAGUCACAGUGUCACCAGAGCAAUGUUGGAGAGGGGUUUCCCUACAGGCAGAAGAGUGCUAUUGCCGAGCGCUUUCGUAGACACAGUAUAGACGGAAGCCCCGUUGAACAAGAGUCUGGCCUGACGGAAAACUAUCACUACCAUCCUUACAGACGUCAAUGCAGUGAAGGGGCCAUCGGUGAGGUUCAAACCUUCAGUUGUCUCAGAAGACCUGGACUGGCUGGGAAACUCACCACGGCCGAUGGAUUGGAGGAACAAUCCUCUUGGAGUCCAUUAAGCACUAAUGUGGAGACGACUGGCAUCAUGGGAACUCAACACCCCUACAGUGAGCCUCAGAUGAGCUCUGAAGAUCCUCCCGACUACACAUCAGUUAAUCAUCAGACGUACAGUGCCAUCAGUCCUCUACAACAUCAGUUUUAUUCUUCAAGAGGAAUAGACACGGUUUCUCACUACUAUAGCCAAAGCCUCUCAUCACAAACAUCUCAAGACAAUUCUGCCCAGACACUCUACCCUAAACCCGUCUACUCUUACAGUAUUCUCAUCUUCCUGGCUCUGAGGAAUAGCAAAACGGGCAGUCUACCAGUAAGUGAGAUCUACAGCUUCAUGACGGAUCAUUUCCCCUACUUCAAGACAGCACCUGAUGGCUGGAAGAAUUCUGUCCGACACAACCUCUCUUUAAACAAGUGCUUUGAGAAAGUAGAGAACAAGAAUGGGAACUCCUCUCGAAAGGGCUGCCUGUGGGCCCUGAACCCAGCGAAGGUAGAGAAGAUGCAGGAGGAACUUCACAAGUGGAGACGUAAAGAUCCGCUGACUGUACGGAGGAGCAUGGCCCGACCAGAGGAGCUGGAACGUCUGCUUGGGGAGAGACCUGAAAAAUUGAAGACUCUUGGAGCUCACUUCAGUCUACCAAGCAGCCAAACACAUUCUCAGUCCUUAAGAGUUGCCAUGCAUCCUGCCUACGGACACCAACCUGUCCAUGAUACUAGUGUCCUGCAUCAGAAGUCUCUCUACAGCCCUUUACCCUCUCAAACUGUCGUCCCGCCUCCCCCCUACUUACCUCCAGACACUUUAGCUUUCCCAUACUACUCUCCAGUCACCCAUCAGCCCAGUGCUGGGCACCCCUCCAGUCCCAGGACAGGCAGCUUGGAUUCCCCCUUACCAGCACACACCCCACCAAGCUACAGCACUGCCCUGCAGGCUGGUCACAGCACUACAGCGAGCAUGCAGGAGCUUCUGCUGGAUGGAGAAAUCAGCAAUGAUGUUGAUACAUUAAAUCCCAGCCUCACAGAUCUACAAUUACAUGGGAAUCUUUGGGAGGAGCUAAGGAAUGACAGCCUCGCUCUGGAUUCACUGGUAGUUAUGGACUCAACCCCUUUCCUACCCCAGCUCAGUCCCAGUCAAGUACGGGAUAGGGUGGGGGUCUGUGAGGGUCUAGCGGAGACUGAAGGUGGGAUGCAAGGCAGCGUUUCUGGGAUGUAUCUCAGCGGGCUCUGCACAACCGCUUUCACCAGUACAGACAACAUGUCAGGUCUCCUUUCUUCUUCAGGAAACACUCCCAUUCCUCUUCUAUGAGAAAGUAACCUCUGUGUACUAGCAUCCCAUCGAGCCAUCUCUACUUUUUCCAAAGUCGAAAAGGUUAUAUUUUUGAAUGUCUAAAAUGUGUGACUUCUAUGCUGAAUGGUGCGCUUGAGUUUUAAAAAUGACAUUAGCUUUAAUGUUUUUAAUGCAUAAAUUCCAAUACCUAUAUCCAAGGCUUCCAUUGUCCACAACAAUAUUCAAAGACCCCAUGAUUGUUUGAGUCAUUUUCUGGAUGAGGAUUAAGGAUACAUUUUGAAAAGAAAUAUU